GACAAGCAGAACUGUGCCGCAGAUUACCGUCCGGACCAAGUCGACACCUGGUGCUGUGCCAGCUGGUGCUACGUGGACAAAGAAUGCCCAAGCGCCAUUCAGUCUAUGAAUCCUGGAAUGGAGGGCAUUUUGUUUUGGUCUGACAAUGUUUGUGCAGAUGACCCUGUCGCAAUGGCGCAGUGCCCCUACAAGCCACAGCCGAAUGUCUCCGCAAGCGACACCUCCUGCGCGUGUCUGAAUUCAACCAUGCCCACCUAUGAUCUUACGAAGGCAGGCUUGAACUCAAACUACGCGGACUACGGCAAAGUGUGUGCUCCGCAUGAUGCAACCAUCUGCGAGAUCACGUAUCCAAAUGCAGCGACUGGGAUGUGGUGUUGCAUGUCCUGGUGCUGGGUUGCUGAGAGCUGUCCGACGGCGCGGGCAUCCAUGCUGUGGCCUGGGAGGUUCUAUAGCGACAGCAGCUGCCAGAUGGAUGCAGACGUCGUGUCGGGGUGCAAGUAUGACUUGGAUGCCUGCAAGUGCCGGGGGACGCUUCCCAGUGGUACGCUUCCCUCCGGCUUUGCAAGCAACUAUGGCGAGUCUUGCAGCGCCUGGGAUUCCCAAGAUUGCAAAGCCACCUGGAGUACCAAUCCGAGUUCGAACUGGUUCACCCAAUCUAACCAGGAGUGGUGCUGUGAUGCAUGGUGCUAUGUGGACAGUGCCUGUCCCAUUGCAAAGAUUUCCUGGCUUGGCACCGGUUACUACUUCAGCUACGAGACAUGCGAUGACCCUUCUACAACCUAUGUCGAAUCCACCGACACGUGCACUCCAAAUCGACGACGUGCUUUGAGGCGUUUAGGUAGCCUGAUGAGGCAAGCUCUGGAGGACAUUGAGGGGGACACGGAGGAUGAAUCCGCACAGCAACGCUUGCUCUCAGCUCGCCGGCGCGGUGGAUACUCAGCAACGACUGACCGUCGUCGACGCCGCUCACCGCCCGCGCCUGACACUCGUUCGCCGGAGAGCCCCUCCACCUGCACCACCUAUCGUUGCAUCAACUCGCCGCCGCAGCACAGCCAUCAACGGGCAGACAAAUGUUAUGCAGCCUCGGCGGCGAAGAGCUCCCAUUACCACCACAACAGAGACGCGGCGAAGGCGCACGCCGGCUACCACCACCACGACAGAGACCAGACGAAGGCGUACAGGGGCUACCACUACCACGGCAGCGACCCGUCGAAGGCGCAGCGUUACUACCAGCACCACCACGGUGGCAUCUGCAGUGCGUCGUCGGCGCGAAGGCGCAGCGUGCCGUACGGAUACACCAGCAAGAACGACGUUAUGAACAACCAUGGUGGGAACAUGCCGCAUCAAACCAACUACGGCUACUCUGGCUCGAAUGCCGUGUCUGCUAAUGAGCAGACCAAUGUGGCGAUGUACGCUGCAGGGGCGGCAGCGGCUGCUGCAGUUGUUGGAGCCGGAGCUGCGUAUGCUUACAACAGCAUGUAUGGAGAUUCUUACAGCGAUCAUCGUCGCCGCCGGGCACAAUCCUUUGAUAAACCAGACCUCUGCACGGUCACAGCCUCUGGAGCUCGAAACG